AUGUUCUCCAAGCGGCCCGACACUUCCAGCCGGAGCUUCUCCAAGAGCCAUAAGGGAUCUAAAUCCACUUCUUCUUUCAGCACCUCUUUCAGCAAAGAUAGCGGAAUCACCAAGAAGCGCCAUGAGUCUCGCCACCGAAGGCCAGCCACGUCAUCUUCCGCUUCUUUUAGCGAGGACACGAUCAUGACCAGCAACUUGGGCUCGUCUAUCGUAACCCUUGUUGUCGGAUCUGAACAGCGCCUUUUUGCUGCCCACGAAAACGUCCUCUGCUCAAGCCCCUUCUUCAGCAAUGCUCUUCGAAAACUAUACACCGAUCCUUCCACCAAGAGAAUUUCUCUUCCAGAAGAAGAACCUGAGAUUUUUAGCUCAGUGCUGGAGUAUAUGUAUAAAGGGGAUUAUUUCCCCCGCUUGGUGCACAACAAGCGACGAGAUUGCUGGGAAUUAGAGCCCAUCCUCAAUGAUGAUGAUAGAAAAGCUGCGGAGAGCACAUUAUAUCAUCGCGGCGUUGAUGGUGACCUACUCAAAGACACAGUCAUCUAUUGUGCCGCCGAAAGAUAUGGCCUAGAUGAAUUAAAGAAGCUAUCUCUGCGCAAGCAAGGCCUUCAAUCGGGCAUUCAAUGCAGCACUAUCCUUGCCUCGGCAAGAUAUGCAUAUGCGAACACCCCUGAUAACGACUCCAAACUGCGAGCCCACUACUUGGCUUUGAUCAUCCGGUCUCGCAGCACCUUCAAGCGAAGUGGCACAAUGCAGCUGGAGAUGUUUAACGGAGGCACGCAGCUUUUCUUCGAUCUCUUCGUAGCCCUCUGCAACCACGUCGAUGAUAUCUCAUCCGUACAGUAG